AUGACUUCAAAAGCUAUGAACGAUGAAGAGGUCGCCUCGGAGAUGAACAAGAUGGUUGCGUUCAUCAGACAGGAGGCGAUGGAAAAGGCCCGCGAGAUCAAAGUGAAAGCUGACGAGGAGUUUGCGAUAGAGAAGGCAAGCAUCCUCCCUCGGUUGUGGCACCGUGCCAAGAUUGUUCGACAAGAGUCUCAGGCUAUUGAUGCCUCAUUUGAUAAGAAGCGUAAAGGUGCUGAGACUGCACUGAAGAUUGCACAAUCAACCCAAACCAACAAAUCUCGUCUCAAACUACUCCAAGCACGAGAGCAGUAUCUGUCGGAACUCUUCGCAGCGGCAAGAGAGGAGCUCCUCACUUUAUCGAAAGAUGAAUCCAGAUAUGUACAGCUGUUAGAGGAUACGAUCGCUCAGUCAUUACUCCAGCUCAUGGAACCCAGUGUUACGAUACAGUGCCGCUCCUGCGAUACGAAUACUGUGGAACAAGCUGCUCAAGCUGCACAAAACAAGUACAAGGACAUUAGUGGCAGAGAUGUCAAGUUGGAAAUUGACGGAUCCCUGAGUAAGGAAUCAGCUGGUGGCGUGAGAUUGGUCGCCGCUGGGUCAAAGAUAACGGUCGAUAAUACGUUGGAUGAACGCUUGAAGUUGUUGGAGGAGAAG